AGAUUUCUACUGGAAGUUAUUUAUGAAUGUUUGGUGGAUUCAGGGUUGAAAUUAAAAACAUUCCAAUCAGAACGUACAGGGUGUUACAUAGCUUACUCUUUCAGUGAUACAGAUGCCAUACAGACUAGCCUGGAUAUAGAGGCUAGUAAAAGUAAGUUUGUUAAUAGUGGACCAUCAAUAUUAAGUUCUGUAGUCCGCCAUUUUGGUUUGACCGGUCCUGCUAUUACCAUAGAUACGGCUUGUAGUUCCAGUCUUUCAGUAUUAAACAGAGCUGUACGCGAUUUGACACUGAAUCAAUGUAGAUAUGCUAUCGUAGCUGGUAAGUGUACGUCCAUAAUUGAUAACCCCAAUGCCAGCUUGAGAUUUCUAAGACUAAAUAUGUUGAGUCCCAAUGGAACCAGCAACGUCUUUGAUAAAAAUGCUAAUGGUUAUGUUAGAGCGGACGGCAUGGCGGCCAUUUUACUUGCAAGGAAUUUCAUUAUUUGGGUAAUUUUCCUCAUUAUCUUCUGUUUUUUUUUAUCAGGAAUAACUUACCCUAGUUCCCAGUCACAGGCUAAUCUACUUACCUCCCUUUACCACGAUAUUUCCACCAAUCAGAUUGCUUAUGUGGAGGCUCACGGAACUGGCACACAGGCUGGAGACAAGAAUGAAGCCCAGUCUUUAGGAACAGUUCUAAGUGAGGGCAGACCUUCACCUCUGUUAGUUGGAUCAGUUAAAAGUAAUAUGGGACAUGGUGAAGCAGUUGCUGGAUUAGCUGGAAUAAUAAAAUGUCUGCUAUCAAUUCAUCACGGCAGAAUUCCUGGCAAUUUGAACUAUAAAAUCCCAAAUCCAGAAAUA